CACAAAAAAAAAAAAAAAAACAAGAGAGAAUAAGUUUCAAUGACGAGAAAGAAAGUAAAACUUGCUUUCAUUACCAACGAUGCAUCGAGGAAAGCAACUUUCAAGAAAAGAAAGAAAGGGUUGCUGAAGAAAGUGAGUGAGCUCUCCACUUUGUGUGGUAUCAAUGCAUGUGCCAUCAUCUACAGUCCGUACGAUUCCAACCCCGAAGUGUGGCCAUCAAAUUCCGGUGUACAAAGGAUAGUCUCAGAGUUCAGGACGCUUCCACAAAUGGACCAACAAAAGAAGAUGGUGGACCAAGAAACCUUUCUCAGACAAAGGAUAGCGAAAGCGUCCGAUCAUUUCAGGAGACAAAGAAGAUAUAAUCGGGAGCUAGAGAUUGCCGAACUCAUGUCCCAGUGUUUUUUAGGAAACAUGGGAAAGUAUCAUAUGAAUAUCAUGGAUCUUAACGAUUUAGGUUAUGUGAUUGAACAAUAUAUCAAAGAUAUUAAUCGCAGGUCUGAGAUUUUACAGAACUCUGGGAUGGAGAUCGGCGAGUCUUCCAAUGCUGGUGCGGCCGUCGGGACUACCUUUGAAAGAACUGGAUCAAUGGAGAUCGGCGAGUCUUCCAAUGCUGCAGGUGCGGUCAGGACUAUCUUUGAAAGGACUGGAUCAAUGGAGAUCAUGGCGUCUACAACCCCACCAACCACCACAACUAAUGAGGCCGGUUCCUCAUCAUUGGCAGCUUUUCUAAACCCUCUUCCACAACAACAACAGCACCAACAAUUUCGUUAUCCGUCAUCUCCACAUGUUGGACUCUAUGAGCAGCCUCCAAGUUUGAAUUUAAACCUAAAUCAGAACUACAGUCAGAACCAACAUCAAUGGUUUAUGGAGAUGACGCACCACCAACCUGAACCAUUGAACUAUGCAGAUGCUGAUCAGCAAAGGGGUUUUCUAUUUAUGGAUGAUAACCACCAACCCCAACACCAGCAUGAUCAACAGAUCCUUGGUGAUUCGUCCACUGUUUUAACCGUCGCUACUACAAGCAGCACGAUCCCCGUUACCAAUCCAAGUCCUACCAAUAAUACAUGGUUUCGUUAGUAUUUCCUUUCUAUGUGGUCUUACUAGACUUAAAGAGUGGCUGAGUGUGUUUCAAGUUCUAGUAAGCAAACCAAAUAAUAUAUUCAAAUGUUCUUUUUAUUAUCGUUUUAUUAUAUUUUGUGAUGACUAUGGGUUUUCACUUUUCAGUGUUAUUGGACUUGUGAUAUCCUCGUUUUUAUUUUUUUAAUAAAGAUUUUGUGAUAUUCUCGUUUUUA